AUGGACAGCCGUCAGGAGAUGGACUUAGCACUGGACAACAGGGCCAAACUGAAUGACGAAAUGCAGCAGCUCAAAAAAGAGCACACAGAUGUCCAGCUGUUGUUAGCCAAAGCAGAGAAGAACAACUUUGAAACAAAGCUGAAGCUGGACAGAGUAUCCUCUGAGAAGCACGUUCUGCUGGAGGAGAACCGAGGACUGGAGGAGGAGAGGAACAAUCUGCGGCAUCGGCUGAAGGAACUCACAGAGGAGAAUGUGAAGAUCAAAGAGAAGGAGGUGAGCUCCAGACGCAGAGCUCUAGCUGCGGAGGAGCAGAGCGAGAGGUCCAGUAAAGCGCAGCAGGAGGCCGAGCAGGCCAGGCGGCUGGCGGAGAGGGAGCGGGACGAGUGCACCAGCGAGUGCCUGGGCUGGAGGGAGAAGCACCAGACGCUGGAGAACAUCCUCAAGGCUCAGGAGGACCUCAAGGCCCAGCGCCGAAACAAAGCAUGUCAGGCAAACAUUAAGAGCUACGUCUUAUGCAUGACUGAAAGUGACCAGAGGGUUAAAAUCCUGAAGAACUCAGAUGGUGCCCCAAGGAACUUUACGGAAGGAGAUCCUGUGUAUAUCUCCACGCCAGAACCAGCCAGUGAUGACACAGAGACAAGCUCAUCAUCAAGGACCAUGUUCAGAGUGUCUGCACCUCGGGCAGGGAGGGACUCUGGUCCCUCUUACUUCAGUGACCUUUCACCCAUGGCAGCAGAAACUCCGUUGGACCCAUGGCCUGCUAGGAGGAGCAGGAAAGUGGUGGAAUACUUCUGGAUCCCCACGGAUGAGGAAUGACUUCAUCAGGAUUUGAAUGGAGAUGCUGGUUGAAUCAGUGUAGUAGGCUCUACUCAUGUGUAGAUUCUCAAAUGACUGCUAGAAAAAAAUAAGUGAUCAAGUGUUUACCUUUAAUGAGUUAAGCAACAGU